AUGGAGGCGCAUGGCAUUGCUUGUGAAGAGAUCCCAAAGUUUGCCGAUCCGGAAUACUGGCUUGAAUACUUUCCGCCUCGCGCAAUCGAGGACUUGAAGAGGUUUGGCAUCAAGGUCGACUGGAGACGCUCGUUCAUCACGACAGACAAAAAUCCCUACUUUGACUCGUUUGUCCGCUGGCAGUUUAAUUUGCUCAAACAACAAGACUUGGUUCGAUUUGGAAAGCGAUAUACCAUUGUCUCUCCUAAAGAUAUGCAGCCUUGCCAGGAUCAUGAUCGUGCUUCUGGAGAAGGUGUAAACCCGCAAGAAUAUACAGCCGUUCUUUUUAGAGUUGUUCCGGACGUGAAGUCUGACCCGCUUUUUGCGCUGAUUUCGGAACCAUCUCAACACGGCAUUUCAAACGCACAAGUUUACCUGAUUGCCGCUACGCUUCGACCGGAAACUCUAUAUGGUUUGACAAAUCUUUGGGCAUCCGCCGAUAUCCAGUACGUCGCAUUUCGCCAUACUGCUGGGUGGAUUGGGAUCUGCACGGAGAGGGCUCUUCUGAAUGGAUCCUACCAAGGAUGGACACCCACCAUGGGCUCCUAUCACAUAAUUUGCCCAAUUUUGGGAUCACAACUGAUGGGCGUCAAGGUAGAGUCUCCAAUAGCCUCUUCUUGCACCUCACCAUCGUCUUAUGAUGACUUAUUUGUGUUGCCAUUUCUGAAUUUGCUUCCCGAUAAAGGAACAGGGAUAGUAGCGUCUGUGCCUUCCGAUUCUCCAGAUGACUAUGCUGCUCUUUGGGACUUGCGACAGAAGCCAGCCUUGAGGGCAAAGUUUGGCAUCUCGGAUGAAAUGGUUCUUCCAUUUGAACCAAUCGGUAUUAUCCAAACCCAGGGCUAUUCCACUCCACUUUUGGCUUCUGAGCUCUGUGCUACCUUCAAUAUCCGCUCGCAAAAUGACAAAGAGGCACUUGCCAAAGCCAAAGCCCUUGCCUAUAAGGAUGGCUUUUAUUCUGGAAUCAUGCUUACAGGCCCUUAUAAGGGACAAACCGUGGCAGAUGCCAAGCCUUUGAUCAAAGCGGAUAUUCUGUCCUCCAAAAAGGCCAUUUCUUACUGCGAGCCAGAAGGAAAGGUUGUCGCUAGAACUGGGGAUGAAUGCGUGGUUGCGCUGAUGGACCAGUGGUACAUUGCAUAUGGGGAACCUUGCUGGAAAGAAAAGGUUGUAGCUCUUCUUGGGUGCAUGGAGCUUUUUCAUGAAGAAGCUCGCCAUCAAAUGGACUUUAUCAUCAAUUGGCUGGGUCAAUGGGCCUGUGCUCGGUCGUUUGGGCUUGGAUCUCGCUUGCCAUGGGACACUUCUUUUCUUGUUGAAUCGCUGUCGGAUUCUACCAUCUACAUGGCAUAUUACACCGUUUCGCAUUUCCUACAAAACGGAUCUCUAGACGGCUCUGGGGGCACCAUCGCUGCAUCGGAAAUGACAGGUGCAGUGUGGAGCUUUCUUUUUAACGGAUCUAGUGCACAAUCAAAGUCUGAUAUUCCGAAAGAAGUUCUUGCCUCGUCCCAAAUCCCACCUGAUCUGUUAUUGAAAAUGAAAAGAGAGUUCUCCUUCUGGUAUCCGAUGGAUCUUCGUGUUUCGGGAAAGGAUCUUUUAUUUAAUCAUUUAACCUUUAUGCUUUAUGCCCACUGUGCGCUGUUCCCAAAGCCAUGUUGGCCAAAGGGAAUGCGCGUAAAUGGUCAUCUUUUGUUGAAUGCAGCAAAGAUGUCUAAAUCGACCGGGAAUUUUAUGACCCUGUCCGAUGCGUUGGAUAGCUUUUCGGCCGACGCCACUCGAUUUGCACUUGCAGACGCCGGAGAUACCCUCGAUGAUGCCAACUUUAGCGUGGAGACUGCAAAUGCAGCUGUUCUGAAGCUGCACACUCUUCUUGAAUGGAUGGAGUCUGUGGUUUGCUCGGAUUUGCAAAGGACCGAUGAAACGGCCCUAAAUGUGUUUGACAAAAUCAUGCUGGCCAGGAUGGAUGAUUGUGUGCAAAGGGCCUACGAUGCUUAUGAUAAGAUGCUUUACCGCGAAGCACUAAAGUGGUCAUUUCACGAGCUUACUAAUGCUCGCGAUCGAUACCGAGAACUGUGUUCGUCCGGCUCUACCAAAUGCGGCCUGCAUACCAUGGUCAUUAAUAGAUACAUCCGGAUUCAAGCUAUCUUGAUGUACCCGAUUACAUCACACUUUUCAGAGUAUAUCUUGGCUCUGAUUGAAGGGAAAGAGUUUCUUCCUGAACGGCCGCGUUGGCCUGCAACGUUUUUGCCGUUGCAAGAGGUCCGCGAGCUGCUUUCUAUUGAUGCAUACGCGAUCGAUGUAGAGUAUCGCUUGAGAAUAGCGCUUGGAUCGAUGAAAAAAGGAGAAAAUGCCCUCACCAUCAUUGUCGCCAAGGAAAUCCCUUCGUGGCAGAAGAUCAUAAUCGAAUUGCUGGAGUCUCUACAUCGCAAACAGGCAGAUUUUCCUCACAAAGUUUGGUGUGAAGAAGAUUCCGCCAUCAUUUCACGCAUGCAUGCUGCUCUGAAAAAUAGCCUACCACCUCUUCCAAAAGAAAUCUCAAAGAAAGUGGUCCCAUGGAUGGUUGAAUUGAAAAAGAGAGUCGAGUCUGUAGGCCCUUCCGCUUUUAAUCGUUUGCUUCUGUUUGACGAGAUGCAAAUGCUUGAUGUUUUCCUGCCUCAUUUAAGGCACGCCCUUUCUUUGCCAGCAUUGCCUAUUUUUACGGUGGAAAAGCUUUCGGCCAAUCAGGGCAAUGCCGCCUCUCCCCUGGAGGCGUUUUUGAUGCAGAAGAUGACCCUGGCAAUCCCUGGCGAGCCUGCAAUAGUGUGUUAUCAAGCAGAAAAAUAUUCGACUGAAGACCUGGCGUCCCGCCUGCAGGGCACCGGUUUGGAUGAGAUAUCAGCUAACGGACAUAAAUGUUAG